CUGUGCUUCUUGCCCGUUUCGGCUCUCUCAUUUUCUCUCUUUAUCUUUCUCUGUUGUACUCAGCACGUGUAGAUGUUAAAUCUUGUUUUAAUUGAUUAAAAAAAUAUGAAAGUAAAGAAAGAAGACGCGAUGUUCAAGGAGUUGGUCUUGAGGAAAAAUACUAAGAACAAACAGAAUAUAUUGAAGCCAGGUGCCAGUCUUGAGAAAGCUGUGAAAAAUGUCAAACAAAUUUUUAAGGAAAAGAGAGCAGAAGCUAAAGCGGCCACAAAAAAGGAAAACAGUUUAAUAAAACUUAAACCUAAACAAUUCAAACCGCAGAAAUUUAAAAAUAGAGGAAUAGUUUACAUAGGACACAUACCUCAUGGAUUUUACGAAGAACAAAUGAAAGAUUAUUUCAAACAGUUUGGUAAUGUAACGCGAGUACGAGUGGCAAGAUCCAAAAGAACUGGAAAAAGUCGCGGCUAUGGUUAUGUUGAAUUCCUCCACUCACAAGUUGCUAAAAUUGCAGCAGACACAAUGAACAAUUAUCUAAUGUGCGGCCGAUUAUUAAAAGCUACAUAUAUUUCACCCGAGAAGCAACAUUCUAGAUUUUUCUUAGGCACAAAUUGGUCAGAAGAUAAAUAUCCUAGACUCAAAAAUAGAAGACGAAUAACUCUAAAUAGAAAUCGUCUUCAAAGUGCUGGAGAUCAUGAGAAAUAUGUUCAAAGAUCGCUUGAUAAACUUUCUGCAUUAAAAAAUAAAUUGCAAGAUAAAGGGAUCAGCAUAAAAUUUCAACCCGUUGACAUAUCAAAAAUGUAACAAACAUUUAAAAAUUUAAUUUAGC